AUGUUUACAAGCUACCGUCUAAUCUCAACUCCCCGCGACAACUAUCUUGCUGCCCUGGCAAAUGUGCGUGCUGCUGAGGCCGAGUACCUCGCUGCAGAGCGCCUUCAACAAGAGGAAGAUGCGAUUCGUUACCACCUCCGUCAAAUCCAGGCUAUAAAGCAGCCAUUAUGGCGCAAUGUUCCUUACGACGAGCCGGCGGUCUACCCACAAGCACCCUCGUUCCAUUCUCGAUCACCCCAAUUGGAUAUCGAGGCUCUUCGGAGGCAGAUAGCCUUCGAAGAACGUCAGCGCAUUCUCGAAGAACAAGAGCAGGAGCAACGGCAACGGGAAGUGCAGCGACAAUCUGAAUUUCAAGGUCGCAGAGCGCUCUCGCAUAUGCAUCCUCGGCCAACGUCAAGUCCAAAUCCUUGCUUAUCUGAAGGCUUAUGGCAGUCGCAGAUUGACGACAACACUCAUAAUCCCCUGCCAUCCAUCGACACUCGCAAUCCCAUACGUUUCGUUAGGCCCCAGUUUGAACAUCAACCCUCGAACACGAGGCCACCUACCGCACAGAGCUCACAGCCUUUACGGAAAUUCGAAACCAUCAUACCAAGUCGCAAUCUACCCACGGAACCUGUGCGAAUGUUUAUUCGAGUUGCCAACCAUACACCCGCAAAUACACAAUCAGAGCCAUCUAAGGCCUCUUCUCCUUCCUCGGAAGUGAAAGCACCUGAAUCACAAGAAAAGCCCGUCGGUCCUGUUGAUUCUCGCUCUUCAUCAGUUGCCGAGAUAGAAGCCGUUCUAGCAGCAUUCAACGCAUUAUCCAAGGAGUGGGCGACGCCAGGAAAACUAGAUUUUUCCUCUUCUCGCACAAACUCUCCCGCUGCUCGUGGCACCGGACUAAACGACAAUGACACCAUCAUUUCACGUCUCAGUUCUAAUGCGCAAAAUCAACCCUUGCGACAGUACCACCAGACUCUAAGCAAAUUGCUGGCGCGUCUUGAUGCAGUCGAGAGUUUUGGUGACGAAGACAUCAGGCAUGCGCGAAAAGCGGCUGUCGGGAAGGUGGAGGGUGCGCUGGAUGAGGUCGAGAGCAUGGUUGAGACCCAAUGGCGUAUAUUUUCUGGACGAAAAGCAAGAGAGGACCCAGUUCUUGGAGAAGAAAUGUCAGGACUGGCCAUAGUCGUACCGCCUUCGGCACCGGCGGUAUCCGUUGACCUGGAAGAACCAGAAAAUCAACAGCAAAACUCAGCUGCACUUGAUGUCGAAUUCAUCACAGCUGCGGAUGGCAUAGAAUCCCAGUCCUCGCUACUCGACACCGACUUUACAAGUGAGGGUGGGGAUGAACGGCCCGAACCUCAGGGAGCAAGCGCAACCGAAAUUGUCACUCCAAUUUCGACUGAACCUCCAUCACUUGAGCAAACUACUCAUAUCGUUCAGACAUACGAGGUCGAACCCGCCAGUCCGAGUCCGAUUCUGGAUGUAUCAAAUAUUCCAUUAUUCGACACCGAGCCAAGCCUACAAUCUACAGAGGAUCACGAAGAAAGUGAUUGGUCUGAAGUUGACGCUUAG